AUGGCUGACAGUACACGCAACGAGAGUCACUCGAGAAAUGGCACAACUAUUUCGGAAUCGAUCCAACCAGCGGAGCUUCUCUCGACAAAACGUGAUGAUACUGGUACAAGCCAAGAAGCAACUUCAUCUCCGCAGACACCGUCCCACACAGCUACCAAUGCUGCCUCUCCACCUGGCCAACACACAGCAGCCACUAUGAGCAUUUCCUCGUCAAGUAUAGACACAACUGGGGUACUGCCACAGCAGUUUCGUCUUGAUGUUUCCUUCACAACUGGAGUGGUACCGUCUAGCGUCAUGAACGUAGCCCUUACGCUUGACUCAUCCCCGCACGAGAUCAAAGUCAGAUGUCCAAUUCCAAGCGGCGUAGACCAUUUCGACCUUGGUCUUACACUUCCCAUCGUCACUCCAGUCCUCAGCACUCAGCCUACACAGACCGCCGCUGCACCUGUCGCAAAAUUCAACGCUGUCCGUGGCUCCGAUGCUGUUCAAAUACCUACCAAACCUCCGUUGACUUUUAACUCAUUGCCAGCUGAGAUUCGGUUGAUGAUCUACGAUUAUUGCGUAGAACCAAGAAUGAUACAGAUUGGUAUUACCGAGCAAAUUUGCAGAGCGAACUAUGAACCGUACGACUUCGAUGAGGAAUCAACGACCUGGACGGAAGAAAAAGUAUCACCAACGAAGGACCAAUUUACUUAUACACCGCCGGUAAUGGUUCCGCUGUGGAUGGAGCUACGCAACCCGGUGAUGAGAGAAGACUUUGCAGUCUUUCAGCUCAAUAAGGAGUCCAGGGAUGGUCUAAAACAGCGCUGUUAUUUACCAAUUAACGACUCGACGAUGUCGAACAGCCGAACCACGUAUAUCGAUCCCAAUAAGGACUAUUUGUACUUCAAACUCGGAAAAAGACCGCGGCAUGGUGCUGAAACGCAAUACCCUGCCCCUUUUCAUUUGUUGUGUGGACAAGUACUCUCCCACGACGUCUAG